AUGUUUUUGUCCUCAUAUCUCCUCACUCUCGUGCUGCCUCUUAUCGCGCAUCCUUUCUCAGGAGGUGACGAUUCAACUCGUGACAGCCUGAAGCGCAGAACUACUGCGACAGAGGCGCUGCCAGCCCCAUUCUGCUUCCCUGCGCUGGGGUUCGUGAUGCCACCAAUACUUCUACCCGACGAUGCGCUCUCAUUCUGGUGGUGCGAUCCUAGCAAAGAGUAUGCGUUCGUCGGCUUCAGCUACGAAGUCACUGCGUGCCAAGAUUCGGAACAGCUACACUCCGAAUUUGCUGAUAUCCGGCAGCAUUUUAACUCGCGGUACGUGCGGCUAUAUGGCGCAUGUGAUCGCGAAGGAUUUUAUGACGACAUCGUGGAUGCAGCCUGGGACAACGGGCUUGGCGUUCAUGCGCUUAUCUGGUUUGGAUUCACGGGCGGUGACAUCUGGAAGACAAGGAGGGAUACAUUGCUUGCAACGCUGCAUGCAAACCCGCGGGCUAAGUUCGUCACUCGCGGUGUGCAGUUUGGCUCCGAGCCACUGUACGAUAACGUUCUCCCGCAUCAAGCACUGGCGCAUCAGGUGCUCCUCGCACGAGCUAACCUCUCGAGCGUCGGAAUCCCUGUCACAGUCAGCGAACUCGCGUAUGGUUACGAAGAACGCGGUGGCGCACAGGACGUCCUAGACGCAAUCGAUUUCAUCAAUAUCCACAUGCUGCCAUUCUUUGACCAGAAUGCAUCAACUGCGAACGCCUCGUGGCCGAUCGUGGUGGAUAAAAACCUAGACUUCUUCAUUGAGCACGGAAAUGGAAAGAAGAUGUACUUUGACGAGAACGGCUGGCCAUCUGUCACAUCCCCGAGUGUUCAGCCCAACAGCCCGUAUGCGGUAGCCAAUAUACCGAACGAGCAGGCGUAUUUUGAACUGCUUGACUCCAAGUGUGAGUUCCUGAAGGAGGUCGAAGGUGGCGGCGUAGGCUGGUUCGCACACAUUUAUUCCGACAACAUGGAACCCGGCUAUGGAAUUUACAACUCCUCGGGUUACCUCAAGUUCCCUUUUCAUCCCCGUACACACUGCUAA